AUGGCGCGUGCAUGGGCCCCCCUGCAGCUUGCGCGGCAUACACGCCCCUGGACGCUGGGCACGGGGCGGUGGUCGGAUGCGCUGAAGCAGAUUGCCAAGACAGACGAGGCCGCGCUGCCUGAAAGUGUCCUGAUUGAUUCGGAUGCACAUACUUAUACGGUCUACGAUGGCUACCCCAAAGCGCAAUUUCAUUUUCUCAUUGUACCCCGCCUGCCGCUGUACCGCGAAGAGGUGCUUGAGAAUGGCAAGCGGCGGAGAGUACAGAUCCAUGCGCGCGAGCUUGACUCGGUCAGUACGUUGCUGGCGAGCCGGCAUGCCGCGUUUGUGCUCGAGUGCCUCGAGAAAGCAAGCAAGCGGUUGAUCGACCGUAUCCACGAGUCGAUGCAACGGCUUGCCAUUCCCGAGACGCCGGGCGAAUGCGACUAUGCAAAAGAUGGCCAAGGGACAGGAGCCACUUGGGACGUGCGCUGCGGAUUCCACUCGAUUCCUUCGAUGCACCACCUGCAUCUGCACGUGAUCUCGAGCGACCUCGUGUCAGACCGUCUCAAGCACAAGAAACACUAUCUCUCCUUUCACCCGACGGCUGGCUACUGGCUUCCAUUGGAGCAAGCGCAAGAGCUUGCCAAAGACGGCGCCAGGGCCCUGCCGCAUCCCGAGGCACACUACCACGACAUCCUCAAGGGGCCACUUGUCGAUCUCGACGACAAAAAUACGUUCAAAGUGAUGCCUGCACUGAAGCAGGACCUCGAGGAACGGUGGCGUGCUACCGUCGAUGCGCAGCGGCUACGUAAAUAG